AUGUCUACUCCAUCUGAAGCAGUUCCAACUCCAAAGUCAGCUCCAAAGUCUGGUAAGCUGCAGUUUACUUUGAAGACCCCCAAGGGUACCAAAGACUGGGCCGAAAAGGAUAUGGUUAUCAGAGAAGCCAUUUUCGGUCAAUUGUCUUCGUUGUUUAAGAGACACGGUGGUAUUACGCUAGAUACUCCUGUCUUUGAGCUUCGUGAAAUUUUGGCUGGUAAAUAUGGUGAAGACUCCAAAUUGAUCUACAACUUGGAGGAUCAAGGUGGUGAGUUGUGCUCCUUGCGUUACGAUUUGACUGUUCCAUUUGCAAGAUACGUUGCGAUGAACAAUGUCCAAUCCAUCAAGAGAUACCACAUUGCUAAGGUUUACAGAAGAGAUCAACCAGCCAUGACCAAGGGUCGUAUGAGAGAGUUCUAUCAAUGUGAUUUCGAUAUCGCUGGUACUUAUGAGUCCAUGGUUCCAGAUGCUGAAGUUUUGUCUAUCUUAGUGGAAGGGUUGACUUCGUUGGGUAUCAAGGACUUCAAGAUCAAGUUGAACCACAGAAAGAUUCUAGACGGUAUCUUCCAGAUUGCCGGUGUCAAGGACGAAGAUGUUAGAAAAAUCUCUUCUGCCGUUGACAAGUUGGACAAGUCUCCAUGGGAAGUUGUUAAGAAGGAAAUCACCGUCGAAAAGGGUCAGACUGAAGAAACUGCUAACCUAAUUGGUGAAUAUGUCAAGUUGAAUGGCUCUUUGCAAGAAGUUCACAACACUUUGUCCAACGACGCUGCUAUCCAAGGUAACGAGAAAGCCAUGGAAGGUUUGAAAGAGAUUGAAACUUUGAUCGGUUACGUUAAUGCUUUCGGUAUUCAAAACUACAUCUCUUUCGAUUUGUCCUUGGCCAGAGGUUUGGAUUACUAUACCGGUCUAAUCUACGAAGCUGUCACCGCCGCUUCUGCCCCACCAAAAAACGCUUCUGAAUUGAAAGAAAAGUCAAAGAAGCAAAAGAAGGAUGACGAUGAUGCUUCCGAGUACGUAGGUGUUGGUUCUAUUGCUGCUGGUGGUCGUUACGACAAUUUGGUUAACAUGUUUGCCGAAGCUUCUGGUAAAAAAUCAACUUCGAUUCCUUGUGUUGGUGUGUCGUUCGGUGUGGAGAGAUUAUUCUCUUUGAUCAAACAACGUGUCGAACAAAGUGAUAAGGUUAGACCAACAGCCACUCAAGUGUUUGUCAUGGCAUUUGGUGGUGGUAAGGACUGGACCGGUUACUUGCCAGAAAGAAUGAAGGUUGCCAAAACUUUAUGGGAAAAUGGUAUCGAAGCUGAAUACGUUUACAAGUCCAAGGCUAAUCCAAGAAAACAAUUUGACGCAGCAGAGAAGUCUGGUUGUCCUAUCGCAGUGAUUCUUGGUAAAGAAGAAUACCUAGAAAACAAACUUCGUAUCAAGAGAUUGGGUCCUGAAUUUGCUGAUGAUGAUGGUGAACUUGUGGAUGCUGCAAACUUGAUUCCAGCAGUGAAGGAGAAACUCGCCCAAGUUCACGAGAAUGGAGUUGAUGAAAUCACCCGUUUAAUCAAGGAUUUGUAA